AUGCAGGCAUGGUUGAGGAUGCUACAAACUGUUUAUCAAAAAAAUUCAAGAGACUUUUCAGGAGUCUAUGGAUCUUCAACGAUUUUCAUUGAUCACCUGAAUGAAAAGCUUGCUGCAGAGGACAUUGCCAUCAGUAAAUCUUUCACUGAACUUAGAUUAACAAAAUGUGCAGUUCCUGCAAAUCAACAACACAACUUUGAAGUUUCAUGCUACAAUGUCAUCUGUGAUACAGUUUUGGAAAGUAUGAGAACCAGGUUUGCCACUCAUGGCAAACUUUACAUGCAGAUUGCAUGUUUUGACCCAAACCAGUUUGAGGAAAUAUUGGCUUCUCCUGAAAAAAUACAGCUUGAUGUCAUUUCUACAGCUGUUCCUGAAAUUGAUGGCCUUGUUCUUUGUGAAAAAUUGAUUUAA